CCGCCAAACAUGACCCCAUGUUCCUUCCCCGUAGGGCCUGCGGUGGUGUAGUUGGAGUAGUGGAUGUCCCCUAUCUGGUUCUGGAACCCACGCACAACAAGCAGGAUUUUGCCGAUGCGAAAGAAUACCGGCACUUGUUAAAAGCAAUGGGAGAGCACUUGGCUCAGUAUUGGAAGGACAUUGAGAUCGCUCAGAAAGGCAUCAGCAAGUUCUGGGAUGAUUUUGGCUACCUCUCUGCCAACUGGAAUCAGCCGCCAUCAAACGAAUUGCGUUACAAAAGGCGGAGAGCCAUGGAGAUCCCAACCACUAUUCAGUGUGGUAAGUGGUGA